GCCAAUCAGAAGCCUCGCCCGACGGAAGCUGCAUUCUGAUUGGCUGUCGGCGCUGCUCGUCAAUGGGCGUUUUAUGGAGUGUCAACAAAGCAGAAGAUCAGGGGACGGGCGAGAGUGACAGGAAAGUAAUUUAACUUAGACAGGAAGAGAGGAAGUGGAAGAUGUAUCCAGCAAGCCCAAGACUGGGCAGGGCUCAUCUUGGCGCUUCAACUUUUUUCGCUUCGGCUCAUCCUAGUGAAUCGUGUGGCAGCAAUGGCCUACCCCUCACACCGAACUCCAUACGAAUAUAUGGUCGCGCACAGGCCUUGGGGCUCAUUAAUCAUCCCCAUUUGUGUGCUUAUGUGGAUAUCCACAGAGGAAAACAUGAAAGAAUCAUGGUAAUACAGGAAUAUUAUCAAAUGAAUUUACGUAUGGCGGCAGAGAAGUAUGAGCAAUUUAGAAAUCAAAAUGGAUUAGCACAAGUGGCUCAUCAGGUCAUUCAAGGACUAGUUUACCUCAACAACUUUGGAACUGUGAACUGCAGCUUGAGUCCAGACAAUAUCUUAAUUGACCCAUGGGGAAAAGCAAAGCUUUACAAUUAUGGACUUUAUUACAUGACAGAAGCAGGCACAGCAGUUUCAUUUCCACUUGGGGUUGUGCAGUACACAGCACCAGAGGUACUGCUCCAGGGAGGUAUCCAGGACAGUGGAACAGGCACUCCUACUGUAUCAGGCAAUCCAGCUUGGGAUGUCUGGUCUCUUGGCAUGAUUUUGGCUGAAUUAGCUCUUGGCUGCAAGCUCUUUUUCAGAACAGAAGGUGUAGAGAACAUAGUAGGUGAAGUAUUGAAAUUGACUCAAACAAAUGAUCCCCUUCAGUGUCUGGCUGAGAUGCAUGGUGCUGUCAACAAACUUGAUGCUCUGAGUGAAGAAAUGAGAAACUUCCUCUGUCAGUGCUUGACAGUCGAUGCUGAAGAACGGCCUCUGCCACGCAACCUUCUGUCUCACCCGCUCCUCCAUCCUUUCAUCAUUUCCGCUUCUCUUGUGCCGAUUCUUCCUCAUUUUCCGGUCAUUGAUCCCUCUCUUUGCCUUGUUGACUUUGCACAGUACAAGGCAAAAUUAGGUGUUAUGGAAGAAGAUAAAGGUGAGAUGCUUUUGGACUAUCCCCUAAUACAAGACUUAGAGGACUCUCAGAACACACCGGUUGAUGAGAAUAUGACAUACAGGAAGAGUAAAAGAGAUCAGUUAAGCGAAAGAAGUAUGAAGGAGAUUUAUUAUAUAUGGCAACUAGCUGGUGGUAAUGUUGAGCAAGAACUGAAGAAACAAAAAUUGAUUCGUACCAAGCCAGCAAUAUUAACAUUGCCGAGUAUAAUGGGCGUUGAAGGAGAGGUCUUCGGUGGCGGUAUGAAUCGCCAUCAGCUGUUGGAAGCAACGACAAUCAUACUCCCUUUGCACAACUUGAGAAAUAGGCUGCACCACAUUCCCCCUGAAAAAUAUUAUCCUCUUAUAACACAGGGUGAGUGUGGCACAGAUGAACUAGAGACCAGCCAACUUCCGUUAGUCAUAAGAGAACGGGAUGUGGAAUAUCAGUUCCAUCGUUUAUUGAUCUUUGAGAGGUUAUUACAGGCCUACCCCUUCAAAGCAGAAUGCAUUCUAAAGGAAGCCAGGAAAGACAUUCCGCCAUUUUUUAGAGCCCUUGUUUGGGCGUCUCUUCUGCGUGUUGAUGGUGCUGUGGCACAGACAUACCAACAAGUGGACAAGGAAACUCCAACACCCACAGAUAGACAGAUUGAAGUAGACAUUCCACGCUGCCACCAGUACGAUGAGUUGCUGUCAUCACCUCAGGGACAUGCUAAAUUCACUCGUGUGCUAAAAGCCUGGGUUGUAUCACAUCCUCACUUGGUGUACUGGCAAGGCCUAGACUCACUCUGUGCACCUUUUCUGUACUUGAAUUUCAACAAUGAAGCUCUGGCAUACUCAUGCUUGUGUGGAUUCAUUGAUAAAUAUCUCCACAAGUUUUUCUUGAGAGACAAUAGUGCAGUCAUUCAGGAAUAUCUUGCCAAGUUUUCACACAUGAUUGCCUUCCACGAUCCACAGCUGUUUAACCACUUGGAUAACAUUGGAUUUAUCCCAGAGUUGUAUGCGAUCCCGUGGUUCCUUACUAUGUACACACAUGUGUUUCCCCUUCACAAAAUUUUCUUGUUGUGGGACACACUGCUGCUCGGAGAAGCAUCACUGCCGCUGUGCGUAGGCGUUGCAAUUUUACGACAGUUGAAGGAUCGGCUGCUGCAGUUUGGCUUUAAUGAGUGUAUUCUUCUGUUCUCUGAUAUGCCAGAUAUAGACAUGGAGCGGGUUGUGCGAGAGUCUGUCCAGGUAUUUUGCUCAACACCCCCAUCAGUCACCUUCAGGCAGCACGAGAAACCUCCGUCAGAUGCAAGCAAAGAAACGUCGCCUUCUCCUCACCAGACACAGGCCAAUCAAGACCUGGUUAUGGAUGCUGUGUCUGUUGUUGAACUGAAGUCGGAGAAAUGCCCAAGAGUUUGUGGUGCAGAUAUACUUGAACUUCUUGCCCAGAAGAGAAGUCGUAGUGGACGAGCAAAAGUUCUGGUCGUUGAUGUUCGCACAUCGGAAGAAUUUGCUAGAGGAACCUUAUCAGAUGCCAUAAAUCUGCCUGCUGAGUCUUCAUUAACGCCAGAAAAUUUACUUGCUCCUGGCCCUCAGACUGAUGUACUGAAUUCCUAUCGUGGCAAAAUAAUAGUGAUUAUGGGAUCACGCAGUAAUAGGGAUCAGGUAAAUAAGUUUGCAGAGAGUCUGUUAGCACAGGAAUUCCCUCGUGUCUGUACGCUACACAAGGGAGUGGAGGUAUUCCGGGCAUCAGGAGCACUAAUGGUUCCAUCGUAAGCCUCUGGUGGAUAGAUGACACGAUUGCUGGAUUUAUAUGACAGUAUUUAAAGAUAUUGUAAUCUAUUUAAAUAUUCUCUACAUGUAUUUUAUUUAUUGCUAUAUAAGGUGUCAGCACUGGGGAACAAAAACCAUCAAUGACUCAGGUAUAAUGAUGGUUGAUCUUACUUUUCAUUGUUCACGGAUGCUACAAUUUAUUGUGCAUGUCCAGAUUUCAGUCUGUAUUAUAAUUAUUUAGUUAGUUAUAUUGCAUAUCCCUUUCUCUGUACUUUUAAUUCAGUGAAAUGAGAGAGUAUAAGAAUGAAAUAAGAUUGUGCUAAAAAAAAACUGUUACAUAUUUCAGUCCCCAUCUCAUCUACUUAGAAUACUCAUGGAAAGGUUACCAAACUGAUUACAUUUUUAAUCAGUCUUUCCUAAUUUUAAUGGUCUUGCCUUUCCAGUAUUUGUUUUCCUUUAAAAUAUAUGUAACCUGGGUUUAUGGUGUUGUUGGCUGUGUUAAGGUAAACUGUACAUACCAAUUUAUUUUUGAAGGUAAACAUGUACAUAUUGUAUACACUUAACAUAUUGGCAAUUGCUUAGGGUGUAUUUAUUUGCAUGCCUGUUUUAUACGCAGAAACACAUGCACACACAAACAAAGCAUACACAGACAUACACAACCUCUCACAUACACACAUUUGAAUGUUUUUGUAUUUAUGCAAACAUGUAUACAGUACAUACUUUGUAAUGGUCUGCAUCCACACUUGUACAGUAUAUGUAUUAUUAUAUAAUAGAGGAAAAAUUAUUGUUGAUAAUUAUGUGCCAGACCAAGCAUUAUGCAAUGGACUUCUAGCUCUUUUAAGUAAUGUUCUGUUUUGAUAAAUGGUACAUAGUAUUUAUAUAUUGUUGAUGUGUAGAUCUGUUUAGUAAAUAUAUGAAAUUAAACCAAA